AUGCAGCCCUGGGAAUGGGAGGGUGACGGGAGCGCCCAGGGGGCCGGUGCGGCACCGCAGCGCUGGCCUGGYGACGCGAGCGCCACAAGUCCUGCCGGGCAGCUCUUCACCUCCAGCUCCUUCAGCACCGUCUGCCCCUACAGAGACCCCUCUGCCUUCACUGCUGAGAACACUGAAGUGGAUAUUUUGGGCAUCAAUGGGGUGCUGUACAAGGGCAGACUGUGCUCAGGGGCCACCACCAGGAUUGUUGGCAUGGAAGGAGAUUUCCCAGGGAUGAAGACCUUCAAGCCUCCCUCCCGGCAGGCCAUGGAGAAGAUGCGCCCGGCCAAGUAYGGCAGCCACUACGUGUCCCCGUAUUCAUGCGCUGCCCUGCGGGCCAGGGCCCCGUCCUCGGGAGGCCGGCACCAGGACGUCCCGGGUGUCUGA